UCCUUCUUCUCCUUCCUGUUCUAUAUGUUUCGUUUUUACUUCCUCUUUUCUUUCUUUCCUUCAUCUCCUCUGCCGAAUCCCCAGUUCUAUCUUCCGGAACGAGCUCUUGAUUUUGCGAGGUUCCCGAUCUGCCAUUGUCGGUAGAGGAUGAGUUUACCGGCGGAACUCCGGUGACAUCUAGUCCUUGCUUGAUCGGUUACUGUCACAUGGAUUUCCUACGAGGAUUUGCAGUUCACGCGUCCAAUUUGGUGAGGAUUCUGAAUAAAGGAGUUUACAUUUAAGUUCAGAAUGGGAGGAGCGUCUCUCUAUCUGUUACUGUAGUGUGCUAUUCUCAGAUUUUCUCUAUUCCAGAAACAACGGCUUUAGUUUCAGUUUUCCAAGUUGCCAGAGAUGAGGGGAAGUUGCUCUUCAGUCGGAUGCUCGUUCGAGAGGAUUUGAAGCGGCAACAGCUGCUGAAGAUCCGGAAAUGGACACAUACUCGUCUGGUGAAGACUUGGUUAUUAAGGCGAGGAAACCUUAUACGAUUACCAAGCAACGGGAGCGAUGGACUGAAGAGGAGCAUAAUAGGUUCCUAGAGGCUCUGAAGCUCUAUGGUCGAGCUUGGCAGCGAAUAGAAGAACAUAUAGGUACAAAGACUGCUGUGCAGAUUAGAAGUCAUGCACAGAAGUUCUUCUCAAAGUUGGAGAAGGAAGCUGUAGCGAAAGGUGUUCCAGUGGGAAAGGCUAUUGAUAUCGACAUUCCACCUCCACGACCGAAAAGGAAGCCGAGUAAUCCUUAUCCUCGUAAAACAGGGGUUAGUCCCAUCACGUCUCAUGCUGGAGCAAAGGAUGGAAACCUUUCAACUUCACUUCCUUGCAGCCAGCAAGUGCUAGACCUCGAGAAAGAACCACCUCCUGAGAAACCUAGUGGCGAUGAGAACUCUACUGGUGCAAAAGAAAACCAUGACGAAAGUUGCUCAGAACUCUUCAAUUGCAGUUCCUCCGCUUCAUCACUGAAGAAAACUUCCACAACACCACCGGAACUGCUUAGGAGGAUACCAUCCUCCUUUAGGGAGUUCGUGCCUUGCUUGAAAGAUGCAGCAGCAACUCAGGAUGCAACAAAUGAAUCGCACUCUCAUAUCACCACUGAACAUCCUGAUGGAAAUCGGAAGUGGAAUGAUUAUAAGAAUAACAGGCCAGAGCUCAAUCUGAAAGUUCCAGACAAUGGCAGUAGCAGUAAGCUCCUUCAGCUCGGGAACUCCUGCCUCCAUUUGCACGAGGAGUCACUGCAAGACAAGAAAGCUGAUGAUGACAACAAUGCCAAUGUGGUGCCACCAGAGGAUAAGAUGCUUCAGCAGAACUAUCCUCGGCACGUUCCAGUGCACAUUCUUGAUGGGAGGAGAUUGGGAACAUGUCAUGACUCAAUGGCCACCACUGUAGGAGAAAGUAGUCAGGCACAAUCUAAUGUAUACUCGCUUCCAACUCCAUCUGCAGCUGGAGUCCAGAACAACAGGCCGCCAACAUCUUCGUCACAUCAAUCAUUUCCAUCUUUCCCCUUCACACCAAAUCCUCCCCAAGAUCAGCAAGAUGACUACAGAUCCUUUCUCCAGAUCUCUUCGGCCUUUUCAAGUCUCAUCGUGUCUACUCUGCUACAGAACCCUGCUGCCCAUGCCGCAGCAAGCUUUGCUGCCUCAUUUUGGCCGUAUGCAAAUGUUGAAAAUGGGGCAGAUUCAUCCAGACAGGUGGUAAACUCUGCUCCUAGUAUGGCAGCCAUUGCUGGAGCUACAGUGGCAGCGGCAACUGCCUGGUGGGCUGCUCAUGGACUGCUUCCCUUGUGUGCUCCUCCUCCUCCUCCUCCUCCUCCAAUGCAUGGUGCAUCCUUUGCUUGCCCUCCGCCAGCUGCAAUUCCAUCACCUCAUAACAGUCCACUUAAAAUGGGGAGCAAGGAAGGCACUCCUCCCCAAUAUUCACAUUCAGAGACUGCAAUGCUUGCUCAGAACUCAACCUCCAAAUCACAUGACAUGUCUUCGUCUGACAAGAGAGAAGAGAAUAACGGAGGCUCAAACCCGAAUGCUGCUGUGCAGCAAGUUGCUGGUCACAAGAUGAACUCGACGGCACCAGAGGUAAAUAAUGAUUCUAGCGAACCAAAGAACAGGAAACAAGUCGAUCGUUCCUCGUGCGGUUCAAACACAGCCUCCAGCAGUGAAGUGGAGACAGACGCGUUAGAGAAGAAUGAGAAAGAUGAUGACAAGGAAGAGCCGAUGAAAGAAGGCGCUGAUGCAAACAACCCUCCAGCAUCGACAACUGAUUCUGGCUGUCGUCGAAGUAGGAGCAACACAAGCACAAGUGGUGAUUCGUGGAAGUCUGUUUCGGAAGAGGGACGUCUCGCCUUCCAAGCACUAUUCUCUAGACAAGUGCUUCCACAGAGCUUCUCGCCCCCACCAGAUGGCGAAGUAGAGAUGCAAAACGCGGAGCAUAGAAAUGUAGAGGUAAUGGUAUUGGAUCUCAACAGGUGCCAUCCCAGGGAGGAGCAGAAUGCCAUCUCUCCUACUCAUGAGGAGGAAUGCUCAUUACCAACUAUAGGAAUUGUCGCGAAUGAAAAGCUCAAGCCUCGUCGAACCGGGUUCAAGCCCUACAAAAGAUGUUCCGUCGAGGCCAGGGAAAACAGGCUGACAACCAGUUGCGGCGGAGGCCAAGGGGAUGAGAAGGAGUCGAAGCGGAUAUGCUUGGGGCUGGAAGGGGAAGCUUCCAUCUGAGAUGAAAAUGCUCCUAAACAGCGGAAACCUCUGUUUUAGGCAGAGCAUGUUACAUCUCAUUUUUAUCUCCCUCCCUCUUUUAUCAUUUCUGUUACAAGUUUAAGAGUCCCCUUCCUUGCACGAGACCUUUUUUCGUGUGUUAAUGUGUGUGUGUACCAUAUCCAUCUCUGCUACAUUUGACGCUUAUUGUUUCAAUGUUCCCUCAAAACCGCAUGAAACUGUGACUGCCAUCAGCUAAAGCCUAAGUACUUCCUCUGUUGAAUUAUUUCUACACUUAGAAAGUUCACUAUAGACAUGUUUGACAUAUUUUCCUGCGCCUCUUAACGUCUAUUUUUGGACUGUGCACUUACUGCAAAAAUAUUCAUCGUGUAAAACCCAGAACGUCCUG